AUGGCGAACCGGCAAAUCACGCGGCGUAUCGCCAUCAGCGCUGUGAUAUCAAUAUGCUUUGUCGUUUUCCUCUUCGUUCGGCCACAGGGCCCACCAAGCCCGGCAGUCCGAGCCCCCGGACAUAUCUCGCAUGCAGCGCCAGCACCCGGGAUCUCUAUCCAAGAGGACACGCUGAAAGGACCCGUGGUGAUGCCAAAACUGGGAAAUGCAACAGCCAAAGCCGAGCUCGGUCGUGCAACCUGGAAGUACUUCCAUACCGUCAUGGCGCGUUUCCCCGAGAAGCCUACCGAAGACCAGCAGGAGGCCCUCCGCUCUUACAUCCAUCUCUUUGCGCGACUCUACCCUUGUGGCGAAUGCGCCGAGCAUUUCCAGCAGCAUUUGAUUAAAUAUCCGCCACAAGUGUCGUCGCGCAAAGCAGCCGCAGGGUGGGGGUGUUUCAUCCACAAUGAAGUCAACGCGAUGCUCGACAAAUCAGAAUUUGACUGCACGAACCUGGGGGCUUUCUAUGACUGUGGCUGCUCGGAAGAAGAAAUCGAGGGCGGUGGCGAGGGCCUCGAAGCCAAAGGAGCUGCUUCGACUGCGAGUCACGCAGACAGCCAUACGGGUCGUUCCGAUCUUCCCGAUCACCUGGCCGUGGAGAUCUCCAAGGAAGCGUAA